ACUCCGCGAUCAAAAUAUUACGAAUUUUGAGUGCAGUCUUCAGCAGCUGAUAGUGGUAAAAUUAAUUUAAUUUUCCUUGUGAACGGUUUAAGUAUUCGAUUUAAAUCGAAAAUAAUCGUAUUGUGUACAGUUUUUGGUAUUUGUAGAAAAGGACAAGUUUCUCCAUUGCUAUUGUUGAAGAUGAGCUACUCUUCUUUCGAUAACAAAGGGCCAUCCGGAGGUGGCGGAGGAUCGACGGUUUCUAAUGAAGCCGACUUCCAGAAGCUGGCCCAGACGAUUGCCACCAGCAUCCAAAAAAUUCAACAGAAUGUAUAUUCUAUGCAGCGUAUGGUGAAACAAUUUGGAACAGCCCAAGAUUCCCCAGAACUGAAGCAACAGCUCUACCAAAUUCUUACAUACACCCAGCGACUAAUUAACGACACGACCAAUCUGCUGAACGAUUUGGUCAAUUGCAAGGAACGACAUCUCAAAAUCCAACGGGAUCGACUUGUCGAUGAGUUUACCGCAGCCCUCACCGACUUCAAAGCCGUGCAACAGAAGACGGUCGAGCUGGAGAAAAAUGCCGUCCGACAGGCUCGGUUGGCUGCCGGCGUUCAGAUCAGCAAACCACCCGGAUCCAAUCAUUCCAGCGUUGGCAGCUACAAUGCUUCGUCGGCGAUGUUCGAUGACAAUUUUACCGGUGGGCGUGGUCAAACACAGGAGCAGCUGCAGGAGGAAAUCGAUCUGCAGGCACUCAAGGAUCAGGAGGAAACGAUACGGGAACUGGAGGAAAAUAUUCUUAGUGUCAAUGAAAUCUACAAACGUCUUGGAGCAUUAGUUUAUGAGCAGAGUAACCAGGUGGACUCGAUUGAAGCUUCCGUUGAGCAGACGAGCGUUUUCGUGGCCGAGGGAGUGCAACAGUUGAAGCAGGCUAGCCAGUAUCAGAACAAAGCCCGAAAGAAGAAGUUGAUCCUGGCCCUCAUUGUUGCUGCUAUUUUGGCGUUCAUCAUCCUGAUGAUAGCCAUAAGACAUUAGGACCCAAUCCUACGGAAGUAUAAACGUAAAAGGUAGGAAUAUUGUUUUCUAUUGUCGGUAUUAUAUGUUCGAAAAUUGUUCUGUUAAAAUUCAACUAGUUUCAAACCCCGGGCUCCCAUGUUACACUAUUCCCACUACACCUACAAUCAAUCAACAUGUAAGGGAGCCCUCAAAUAAUUAUUUUCCCGCUGGCUUUUAUUUUUCUCGUUUUUCUGUUGUCCAAUUCUAAAAACCGACUUGAAAGUGAAAACAAAAACAUUUAAAUCGAAAUAUGUAUGGAAUUGUUGAAGUUCAACUGUUGUGAACUUGUGGGUUUGGCAAUUCCAUCCGCGGGAAAAAAAAGUAAAGAACGAGUGCUACGUGAUAAAAUCCGAUAGGUAAAUUAUGUAUGACAUUUGGAGAAUCUUGGCGCGAUAUACUUUUUCUGUGGUGACAUGUGGUCAACCAAUGUCAUCGUGUGAUUAUCAGAAAGUUUCUGCUAUUAGUUCUAUACUUCGUAUACUUAUUGAUAUUUUCUUUAUUGAUUCGCAAACAUUCUUGUGUAUGUAUUUUUACUAGGAACAUUAUAUUGUAGACCACAAAAACAUAUGUAUUUAAAUCUAAUCGAUCACUAGUUACUAUUACUACUAUUCGCAAAUUGGUAUUCGUCUAUAUAAAUAUAGCGAAAAUCAGAACACACACGCAUGUGAGAAAGAGAAAUUUAUUGAUGAAUCUAUAGACAUAA